UAGGAUUCUGGAGAUAGCAUUUCUGCACUAAGGGAAUGGAGACCGGUCACGUACAGAAAGUGCACAGACGCUCUCUGGUUGCUCCUCUUCUUUCUUUUCUGGGCUGGUUUGAUGUUUAUAACUGGCUAUGCCGUGAUGGCUGGUGCCGCAGAAAGACUUGUGCUUGGAUAUGACAGCUUCGGGAACAUAUGUGGUAGGAAGAACACUCCUGUAAAAGAGGCACCCCUCUCUGGACAGGACAUGACUAAUAAAAAGUAUGUGUUCUUUCUGAAUUCAUGCAGCCUGGAAAUGCAAAGCCUCAAAAUCAGUUCAGUUUCCUUGUGCGUGUCUAGCUGCCCACAAGAGCAGCUCAACUCUUUGGAAGACCUCCAGAGUUUUGCAAGGAAUAAUGGUUCUUAUCUUUGCAUUUACAACCUGAACAUUUCCAGUUACACACUAAAUCCAAAGGCAGCUGAGCUGUGUCCCACACUGCCAGUUCCACCAAGUAAAUCUUUUCCAUUAUUUAAUCGAUGUGUUCCACAAAAUCCUGAAUGCUAUUCCAAAUAUGCAUCUGUCUUAAUAAGUAUGGUUAAUGAAAUGGAUGUUUUUCACCGAAUUCUGAGCGGAAUAUUGGCAGGAAGAGAUACUGUGAUAGGACUGAGUGUCCUCGCACUAGCCUUCUCUUUCAUCCUGGUUUUAGCCUUCAGAUUCAUUCGGACGCUUCUGGUCCAUACUUUGAUUGCACUGGUUGUAUUUGGGUUGUUGUUUGUCUCAGGUAUUCUCUGGUGGCUCUAUUACGACUACAGGAACGAUCCCAGCACUGAAUUGGAAACAGAAAAGGAAAAUGUAAAAUUUCUCCUCGGAUAUGCUAUCUUCUCAACAAUAGUUACUGUUGUUCUGCUUUCCCUUAUACUUGUACUAAGAAAGAGGCUUCAGUUCACUGUACAGCUCUUUCGAAUUGUUGGUAAAAUCAUUGGCAGAAUUCCGUUCCUCCUGUUCCAACCACUCUGGACCUUUCUGGUUCUCAUUGUGUUCUGGGUAUUUUGGGUUGCUGUACUACUUAGCUUAGGAACUGCAGGUACUGCACAGACUACUUCAGGAGGACAAGUAGAAUACAGAGCUCUGUCUGGAAUUUGCUACAUGGCAUGGUAUCAUUUCGUUGGCCUUAUCUGGACUAGUGAAUUCAUUCUUGCCUGUCAGCAAAUGACGAUUGCUGGGGCAGUGGUUACUUGUUACUUCAACCGGUGA